AAUCAAAUCAAGUAGGAGCUGCUCGAUUGAGCUGGCCAUUUGUCGUAAUUACAAGUUGCAAAUGUAGCAGGCCAAACGGAAUCGACUGGUGGUAGUCAAGUUUCUAGAAAAUAUAGGUCAGCUGGUCCAAAUUGUCUCCUCCAUCGUCUUCUUCCAACUGAUCCAUAUUUUAUGGACGGGGAACAAUCACAGGUAUCAAGUUCUGUCGUCUUCUCCUUUUAAUCCAUUCUAUCGGACGACUGGCUCUGUGGGAAGGUAAGGAAUCGAUGAACGAAGAAGUGAUCAAGCUCCAUGGCUUCUGGGCGAGCCCAUACAGUGCCCGAGUGGCAUGGGCUCUUAAGCUGAAGGGUCUUGAUUACGAAUAUGUAGAAGAAGACCUCUCGAGCAAGAGCCAGCUUCUGCUGCAGUACAACCCUGUUCACAAGAAGAUCCCUGUGCUUGUCCAUGGAGGGAAGCCUGUCGCCGAGUCUCUAGUCAUUGUCGAGUACAUCGAGGAGACGUGGCCUGGGUUGUGCCCACUGCUGCCCCGCGAUGCUCAUGAGAGAGCCCUUGCCCGUUUCUGGAUGAGCUUUGUGACAGAGAAGGGGCGAAAUUUUUUCGAGUUCUUCACGGCCACCGGAGAGGACGAUCGAGCAAAAGCAGUGAAGGAAGUGCGUGAUUUGCUGGGAAUCAUAGAAGGAGAAGCCCUUGGGGACAAAAAGUUCUUUGGGGGAGAAACAGUAGGGAUGGUGGAUUUAGCUUAUGGGUGGCUGGCCCACUGGUUUGGGUGCAUUGAAGAAGUUGUGGGGGUGAAGGUAUUGGAGCCCAUGACCUUCCCUAAGUUGCAUGCUUGGACUGAGAAUUUCAAGCAAAUUGAUGUGAUCAAAGAGAACCUCCCUGAUCAUCAGCAGCUAAUGGCCCAUCUCAGAAGGAUCAAAGACAAGCUCACUCAGCAGCCUUAAAAGUUCUUCCCGAUCGACGAGGAGAUUAACCGAUGAUAUACAUAUACUGGAUGAUCCGCUGAUCAAAUGAAUAAAAGAGAACGUCUAUCUUUGUACCCUUAUGAUCCAAUACGAAGCCCCGUUCAAGUGCGUGUUAUGUCGCACGUGGGACCCAUUAUGGUAAGCAUGUCUGUAUACGUGCAGUGUUUGAACU